AUGUCGCCGCCACAGCAGCAGCACACCGCGGCCGUGGAAGAGGCCGUGAGCCACGUGGCCUACGCGCUCAGCGACUUUUCGUACCUGGUACAACCUGUGCCUUUUGGCUCGGCACUAGAGAAGUACAUCGUCGGUGCGCGACGCAAUGUCUUCGAUCAGGUGGGCAAAGUGGAGGAGAGCUCUGUUGGCCAGGAGCUCAUUGAGCGUGCCUAUGCUGCCGCCGCACGUGGCCAGUUCGUGACGCUGUUCGCGUCUUCUCCUUCUGCGCUGCUACAAAUGGUGCCCUCCAUGUACAAACUCAGCAGUGCACAGCUGCCCGCCGUCAUCCACGUUGUUGCACGCGAACACUCGGACCUCAUGGCUGUGCGCCAGACUGGUUUCGUCAUCCUUAAUUCGCUUAAUGCCACCGAGACAGAAGACAUGGCGCUGCUAGCUCACGUGGCUUCGCUGCGUGCCAACGUGCCUUUCAUGCACGUUUACGAUGGUGAGAUGGCUCACAAUGACCUGGAACAGCGUGUCGCUUCCUCCAGCAAGUUUAACAACGCGCUUGUGGACUACCAGUAUCUGGCUAACCUUAUCGGCCUCAAGAACGCUUCGGAUACCCCUGAGUUCCGCCAGCUCGUGCUUAGCAAGUCCGGCGUAGCCGACAACACUGAUGACGCUGAGCUCUACUUCCAGGUCUCGCCCGAAUGCAUCGCUAAGUACAACGCCGUCCCCGAAGUCGUAGAGGACGUUAUCAAGCAGGUUUUCGCCAAGAAGGGCUACCAGCUCUUCGAGUACUUUGGUCACCCUGAGGCCGAACAGGUACUCGUGGUUAUGGGCACAGCUUCAACUGUCGUCAAGGACGCUGUCGAAUCCCUUUACACCAACUGGAAAGCGAAGGUUGGCGUCAUCUCCGUGCGUCUCUUCCGUCCGUGGUCGACCAAGACGUUCCUAAGCGUCGUUCCUGCUACGGCCACUAAGUUCGCCGUCCUGGACCGCAUGGACGACGCUACCAACGUGGGUGAGCCUUUGUUCAUGGACGUACUGGGCUCUUUCCAGUCUGAAGACUGGCAGAACAAGCCCGUACCCUCGAUUAUUGGCGGCAAGUACGCUUUCAACGUCUGUGAGUCCGUCUUCGACGUCGUGACUGCACGCACUUUGGUGGAGGAGCUGGCUGCGGACAAAUUGCAGAAUGGUUUUAUCGUUGCAUCUCCGAUUGCCACUGAGGAGUUCAACGUCAAGAAAGCAGCCACGGCACAGCUAGUGGACUCGUACGUGUCGUCUAAGGACGGCUUUGAAGCUCCGUACGUCAAGAUGUUACUGCAGCUGUUCGAGAAGCGUGCUGUUAUUGCCAAUCUCGUGCGCUCCGAGACUGUGUGGAAGGCACAGGACAAGACCGCGAGCGACGAUGUUGCUCUUGAGAACGGCGAGUUCGGGUUCGGUGUGCAUCUCGGUAUCCUGGCAAAGCGUCAGGAGCUCCAGGACAAGGUGAAGACGCUUGUUUCCAGCGAGCAUACCAAGGAUAUCGUGUCGCAGCGUCUGCUCGAGUGCCUUGUGCAUUGGUGUGAGAAGCAGCCGAAGCACGAGGAGCUCGCGAACGAGAUCGCAAUUCUGCUUGAAAACGAGCAGCACCAGUGUGGGCUACUGGCUGAGAUCUACGCCUUGAAGCAGUACUUUGCGCCGCUGAGUCAGUGGAUUCUGGGCAGCGAAGAAUUUUCGCGUGACGUCGGCGCUUCGGGUGUGCACCAGGUGCUUGCCAGUGGUGAAAAUGUCAACCUUCUGAUCCUCGAUACAGAGCCGAUGAACGUCGUGUCCAGAAGCAACCGCAAGCGUGACUUGGGUCUGUAUGCGAUGCAGUAUGGCAACGCGUACGUCGCAUCGGUUGCGCUGUACGACUCGUACUCGCAGGUGUUGCGCGCGUUGAACGAGGCCGAUGCCUUUGACGGUCCUUCAAUCGUGCUUGCGUAUGCUCCGAGUGCCAGCAACAUGGAGCAGGAGACCAAGGAGGCUGUAACCAGUGGAUACUGGCCACUCUACCGCUACAACCCUUUCUUGGAAGACGUGGAGGGUGAGAAGGCCUUCUCGCUGGAGUCCCCGAGCAUUAAGAAAGAGUUGUCGACGUUCCUACAGCGCAACAACCAGCUGAGUCUGUUUGCCAAGCAGGCUCUGACUGGCCCUACUGCUGCCUCCGUUACGGAGAAGUACGAGCAGAUCGGCCAGCAUGCACUGAAGACCAGCUUCGAAGCUCUUCUGAACGGCUUUGGGGGUCAACAGCAGGAGCCGUGGCAGGUCGACACGAAGCUGUGGCUUCUUGUUGGCUCGGACAACGGUCACGCUGACGAAUUUGCCUCUAAACUGGAGGAAGACGCUUUGAACUUUGGUCUGAAGAACGUGGAGAAGAUGGACAUGAACGACAUGACUUUGGACCAGCUCCUGGACGAAGCUAACGAUGAGAACGCCUACGUCGUGUUUGUAUGCUCGACUGCUGGUCAGGGAGAGUUCCCGAACAACAGCAAGGAGUUCUGGGGCGAGCUUUCGGGCUUCAGCUCGACACUUCCACUGCAGUACGCGGUUUUCGGCAUGGGUGACAGCUUGUACUGGCCUCGUGAGGACGAGAAGCACUACUUCUGCAAGGCCCCCGUAGAUCUCGACGCCAAGCUGAGCGAACUUGGAGCGAAGCGUAUCAUUGAUCUCGCCAAGGGUGAUGAUCAGGACGAAGAUGGUCCGAUGACGCAGUUCGAGACGUGGAAGCCGCAGCUGUGGGAGCAGAUCGGCAUCCCCACAGACGUCGUUAACCUCCAUCAGGGCACGAAGAAGAAACAGCGCACGAAUGAAGAGAUCAAGCAGCAGAGUAACUAUUUGCGCGGGACGGUGGCUGAAGGUCUGGAGAAUCGCACGACUAAGGCCCUUGCUGCUGACGACACACAGCUGACAAAGUUCCACGGUAUUUAUCAGCAGGACGACCGCGAUUUACGUGAACAGAUGCGUAUGGAGAAGAAGGAGAAGGCGUUCGGCUUUAUGAUCCGUGUGCGUGUCCCCGGUGGUGUGUCGACUGCCGAGCAGUAUCUGAUGAUUGACGAGCUUGCCGACUCACAUGCUAACGGCAACAUCAAGCUGACUACUCGCCAGGCGUAUCAGCUCCAGGGUAUUCUCAAGUGGAACCUGAAGCCAAUCGUGCAGGGUAUCAACCGUGUGCUGAUGGACUCGCUAGCAGCUUGCGGUGACGUGAACCGUAACGUGAUGGCAACGGUGAACCCGUCGUGCUCUGUGGAGACCCACGAGGAGAUCCUUGACAUUGCGCGUGACAUCUCUGCCCACCUGACCCCGAAGACAAGCGCUUACCACGAGAUCUGGCUUGACAAGGAGAUGGUUGCUGGUGGAGAGGUGAAGGACUUUGAGCCAUUCUACGGCGAGGCGUAUCUGCCGCGUAAGUUCAAGAUUGCCAUCACGAUUCCUCCGGCCAACGACGUGGACGUGUUCGCUAACUGUCUGGGUUUCAUCGCCAUCCUCGAGAAGGACAAGCUUGUCGGUUUUAAUGUCGCCGUGGGCGGUGGCAUGGGCAUGACUCACAACAACAACAAGACGUACCCGCGUCUAGCCGAUGUCAUGGCGUUCUGUACGCUCGACCAGGCCAAGGAUGUGGCGGAAAAGAUCAUGAUACUACAGCGCGACUUCGGUGACCGUGUGAACCGCAAGCACGCUCGCUUCAAAUACACCGUGGAAGACCACGGUCUGAAGUGGAUUCGUGCCGAGACUGAGAAGCGUUUGGGCUACAAGCUGCAGGAGCCACGUAAGUACAAACUGCUCUCCAAUGGUGAUCGCUUCGGCUGGAUUAAGAACUCGCGCGGCAAAUAUCACUACGGUAUGUUUAUCGAGGGUGGUCGUAUUAAGGACACCAAGGAGACUGGCAUCCGUUCAGGUCUGCGUGAGCUGGCGAAGACGUUCCCGCACGUUGAGUUUCACCUCACGGGUAACCAGAAUCUGAGCCUCGGCAACAUUUCGGAGGCCGAGAUCCCGCAGAUCAAGGCGCUCAUGGAGCACUACAAGUUUGGCAACGACAACUACUCAGGCCUGCGUCUGAACUCCAUUGCCUGUGCUGCUCUGCCGAUGUGUGGCCUCGCCUUUGCUGAGGCUGAACGCUAUCUACCGUCGCUGGUCACCAAGAUCGAGGAUAUGCUGGAAGCGAACGGGCUGCGCGACGACGCGAUUGUUAUCCGUAUGACUGGCUGCCCCAACGGCUGUGGGCGUCCGUAUCUUGGUGAGAUCGGCUUCGUGGGUCGCUCCCCGGGGAUCUACAACAUGUACCUCGGUGCAGGUUUCUCCGGCGACCGCCUCAACAAGCUCUACAAGGAGGCUGUGGAUGAAGCGCAGAUUCUCGAGGAGCUUGAGCCUAUCAUUAAGGACUACGCAGAGAACCGAGACCAGGGCGAGAAGUUCGGCGAUUAUGUCACCCGUGCAGGAUAUAUCAAGGCCUGUCUUGCCGCUCCGCUCGUGGAGAACCGCGCCGCUGGCGACACCUUCCACGCAUAA